AACCAGCACCGCAAAGCUGCAAUCUUCACCGCGGGAGACCUGCCUGGAUCUGUAUGUUUUCCUCCUCUCCGGCUUUUCUUCUCUUGCUUGCUGCCUGAUGCUUUAAUUUUGGAUGCAAACAUCACAGGGACAAGAUAAGCAUCGGCGUAACAGUCGGAUCCGGCGGCGAGAGAGUCGAAGAGGCCAUGGGGGGCGGAGGGAGGGAAGGGGAAUGGCCCUGGGAUGGAGGCAUGGGAUUCAAAGAAGACCUUUAGGAGGUUGUUGAGGAUGCCGCCUCGUGCCUCAGAUUUACUUCAUUAUGUCUUCCUCCAAACUCCAAGAUGCGGAUGAGGUUUUUGAUUUUAAUGAUGUGAUUCCAGAGACCCAGAGGCUGGACAGCAGCUUGCAGAAGGCCCGAGCUCAGCUCUCAGCCAAGGGCAGGCGGCAGCGUCCUUCCAGGUCCCGUUUGAGAGACAGCGGCAGCUCCACGGAAGGCGAUGAUAUCCUGGAGAAGAAGGCGGGCGAUAGCUGCGGAAGCCCACUCCAUCGCCUGAGGUCCCCUCUUCACGGCUCGCUCCAGGCCUCCUCGCCCCUCUCCAGCUCCUCGCCCUUUGGUCGCACGGUAGAGUUCUCCUUCGACGCCUCGACUGUCCGGAGGUCCCUGGAGCAGGAGGAGCAGCCAUCGUCCCCUCUCAUUCGUUACCGGCCCCUGACCAACACCUCUUCUCAGGAGGCCUUAGGGGGCACCCCCACCAGCUCCUCGCCCAAGUCCUGCCCCAGCUCGGACAGCUCGCCUAUCUAUGCACGCAGAGAGAGGCACAGUGAAGACGACAGCCGGGACACAAGCCCACCAGAGCUUGCAAGCCCCACUAUUGGGCUUGACAAGAAAACCAGGAGGAAGUUCCUUGAUUUAGGGGUCACUCUUAGAAGAGCAUCUUCUGGAAAAAGCAGGAAAGAGAAAGGGGGCAAUCGGCUCUCAAUGGGCAAUAGGGAGCUGAUGGAGGGCUCCAGCCGUUCCUCCGUCUCACCCUUCAUGCCUUUCUCCUGGUUCACAGACAGCGGGAAAGGCUCCGCUUCCUCAGGCAGUACGGCCUCCCCCACCUCUUCCCCUAAGAACGAGGCCUUCAGCCGCAAGAAGUCUGCCUCACAGGAAUCCACCCUGAGUGAUGACUCCACCCCUCCCAGCAGCAGUCCCAAGACCCUGAGUACGGCCCCGCCUGAGCCCAAGUGCUCCUACCCCUACCACACACUGUCCCAGUCAUCUGAUGAGUUCCUGGAUGAGCCUCUAAGUGCAGCUUCAACGUGGAGCAUUGAGAAAGUGGGCCAGUGGCUAGAGAGCUUGAACCUGGAACAGUACAUGGCAGAGUUUGCCGCUCAGGAGGUGGACGGCCACCAAUUGCUGCUCCUUGAUGGGACUAAGCUAAAGGCACUUGGCGUCAGCAACUCCCACGACCGGUCUCUUCUAAAGAGGAAGCUGAAGGAGCUGAACGCAGCAGUUGACAAGGAGAGGAAAGCUCAGGAAAAGGUGGAGAAGCAGAAGGGAAAGCAGAAGAAGAAAGAGCGGGAACAGGAACAGAGGAAGAGUUAGGCGAGGGGGGCGGAAUGGGGAUGACCAUUUCCCAGUGCACGUGGCUUACACCUUUCCCCUUUUCACCCAUGGAGCAUCUCUAGGGUGGGGGGGAUGGACUAUCUGCAACCAGGAACGGGGGGGACAAGAAGCAGGCAGCGUCCUGCUGAAGGUUACAGCUUUGGGUGGGGUAUAUGGCGAGGGAAAACAUGCUACGGGGACCAGGCGUGAUGAAGGUGGCAGCAGUAGUUAAACACCACCGAAAAUGGCUGGAUACACCACAAGGACAGAGAGGGAAAGGUCUCUGCAAAUGGUGCCCCUCUCCCCCCCCCCCCCCGCAGUGCCUGGACUGCCUGCUGUGCUGUGGGGCAGGUGGUGGCAAUGUUGUACACUCAACCCCUGCCCUGUGGAAACCUUAACACCUCACUUCCAUGUUGAAUCUACCCCUGUACAUGAUGCUGUUCCUCCUGGAGGCCUAGAUGUGUUCACGCUCUGUGCCAAUUAGGUGUCCUAUCACACCGUCUUGUUCCUGCAAGCCACUGGGGGACCACAGCUGCCUCACAAGACACAAACCAGAUACAGAAACCACAGAUACACACAUACA